GUCCAUCAGUGUAUUAGGUGUUUCUGCUUGGAUGAGAGACUACCUGAAUAAUGUUCUCACUUUAACUGCAGAAACAAGGGUGGAGGAGGCUGUCAUUUUGACUUACUUUCCUGUGGUCCACCCGGUCAUGAUUGCAGUCUGCUGUUUCCUCAUCAUAGUUGGAAUGCUGGGCUACUGUGGAACAGUGAAAAGAAAUCUGUUGCUUCUUGUCUGGUACUUUGGAAGCUUGCUUGUAAUAUUCUGCGUCGAACUGGCCUGCGGUGUUUGGACCUACGAGCAGGAAAUAACGGUUCCAGUGCAAUGGUCUGAUAUGAUCACACUGAAAGCCAGGAUGACCAAUUAUGGCCUACCUAGGUACCAGUGGCUGACCCAUGCUUGGAAUUUCUUCCAGAGGGAGUUUAAAUGUUGUGGGGUGGUGUACUUCACAGACUGGCUGGAAAUGACAGAGAUGGACUGGCCACCUGACUCCUGUUGUGUCAGAGAGUUCCCAGGAUGCUCUAAGCAGGCGCAUCACGAGGAUCUCAGCGACCUUUAUCAGGAGGGAUGCGGUAAAAAAAUGUACACUUUUUUGAGGGGGACAAAGCAAUUGCAAGUGCUGAGAUUUCUAGGAAUCUCUAUCGGAGUAACGCAGAUCCUGGCUAUGAUCCUCACUAUUACUUUGCUGUGGGCUCUGUACUACGACAGAAGGGAUCCCGGGGCAGAUCAGCUCAUGGCCCCGAAGAGCGAUGCCUCGCAGCAGCUGUCGUGCCAUUCCGUGGAGCUGCUGAAACCCAGCCUGACGAGGAUCUUCGAACACACAUCCAUGGCAAACAGCUUUAAUACACACUUCGAAAUGGAAGAGCUAUAGGUGAUGCAAUGAAUCUGAGAAGUCACGAAGGGUUUGAAUUGGGUUUUGUUGUUUUUAUUCUGUUCCAUCAAGUAUGCCAGAUGUCUUCCUAUGCUUCGGAAAACAGCUGAUGGGUGGAAGUGAAGGGCCUGUGUAGGAAGAAGGAUAAGCCUGUCAGCCUCUUAGAAGAGCCAUGAAAAAGUUGAUUUUGUUCCUUUGUUUUUUAAAAGGCACUCAUUCACUGGGCACAGUAAUACUUAACUUACUGUCACAGGCUGUGUGAUGUGUAAAAUACUGGUUCAUUCACAGGUGGACAGAACCUCUAAGGAAGCAUCACGGGAAAGGAAGAGAAAUGCUCGUCUUCGGAAGAAACAACUGGGCUUUGGACAAACAAAAUGUGACUUCAGCUGAAAUUGACUUUUACAUUUUUAAUAAGCCAUUUGGAAAAUGUCUUAAUCAGGGAUCUAUGUAUAUACAAUUGUGUGUUUUUGUGUGUGCAUGGAAAGCAGAACUACAAUUCAAGUCAAUACUUGGAUUUAAAAAUUUGCAAGAUGUGUUAAAAGGGCAAGAUUUUCUUUUUUCUAACAAAACCUUUAUCUUAGCUGUUGUUAAAGA